UGUUUUUUCUGUUUCCUUUUUUUUUAGAUACUUCAAGAAGUGUCAAAGCAUCUCCAGAAACAGCUGAAAUUUUUUUUCAGAAGUUAAGAAAUAAAUAUGAAUUCACAAUCCUGGCGACCUUAAAACAAGCCCAUUUGAAUUCAGGGGUUAUUCUCUCUAUUCAUCAUUUAGAUCACAGGUACCUGGAGCUGGAAAGCAGCGGUCAUCGAAAUGAAAUCAGGUUGCAUUAUCGUUCAGGCAGUCAUCGCUCCCACACAGAAGUAUUCCCAUACAUUUUGGCAGAUGAUAAAUGGCACAGGCUUUCCUUAGCAAUCAGUGCCUCUCACUUGAUUUUACAUGUGGACUGCAAUAAAAUUUAUGAAAGAGUUGUGGAGAAGCCCUUCAUGGACUUACCUUUGGGUACAACCUUUUGGCUGGGACAGAGGAAUAGUGCACAUGGUUAUUUUAAGGGCAUAAUGCAAGAUGUGCAAUUACUUGUCAUGCCUCAAGGAUUUAUUUCUCAAUGCCCAGAUCUUAAUCGCACAUGCCCAACUUGUAAUGACUUCCAUGGACUCGUGCAGAAAAUUAUGGAACUGCAAGACAUUUUAGCCAAAACAUCAGCUAAGUUGUCCCAAGCUGAGCAGAGGAUGAACAAGUUGGAUCAGUGCUACUGUGAGAGGACCUGCACAAUGAAAGGCACGACUUACAGAGAGUUUGAAUCCUGGACAGAUGGCUGUAAGAACUGCACUUGCAUGAAUGGUACCGUGCAGUGCGAGGCUUUGAUUUGCCCCCUCUCUGACUGCCCGCUUAACUCUGCUCUGGCCUAUGUGGAUGGCAAGUGCUGCAAAGAAUGUCAAUCGGUGUGCAUAUUUGAAGGCAGAACCUACUUUGAAGGACAAAGAGAAACUGUGUAUUCAAGCUCAGGGGACUGUGUUCUGUUUGAGUGCAAGGACCACAAAAUGCAGCGUAUUCCAAAAGACAGUUGCACAGCUUUGAACUGCCCAGAAUCUCAACAGAUUCCUUUAUCUCACAGUUGCUGCAAAAUCUGUAAAGGCCAUGACUUUUGCACUGAAGGACAUAACUGUAUGGAGCAUUCUGUCUGCCGAAACCUAGAUGACAGAGCUGUCUGUAGCUGCCGAGAUGGCUUCCGAGCCCUUCGGGAGGACAAUGCCUACUGUGAAG